UUCAGGAGACGUCUUCACUCUCAUCGCCGGAGAACUCUCGCCGUCACCGUCACCGGAGGGUUAAUCGUAAUGUCAACGGACUCAGAAGCUGACGUCAAUGCGUCGACUUUCGAGAGCGGAGAGUCUGAUUCCGAAAGUGAGAGCACAGGUAUAGAUGCAGACUCGCAAAGAUCGAAACUUGAGAGUCUGAAGAAGGUAUCUACUGAUUCAGAUUUGGUUUGGGGCAAAGUGAGCAGCUUUCCAUGGUGGCCUGGCCAGGUCUUUCUCGACUCAUCCGUUGCGUCCAAAAAGGCCAAGAAGCACUUCAAGAAAGGAGCUUUCUUGGUCGCCUACUUCGGAGACUGCAGUUUCGCUUGGAACGACGCAUCCAAAAUCAAGCCUUUCCAUCGCCAUUUCUCGCAGAUGGCGGAGCAGAGCGACUCUCCUGAGUUUCGUAACGCUGUUGGUUGCGCUUUGGAAGAGGUUUCGAGGAGAGUGGAGUGCGGUUUGUCUUGCGGUUGUGUCACUGAGGAAGCUUAUGAGAGAGUCGAGACUCAGAGGGUGAUGAACGCUGGGAUUAGAGAGGAGUCAAGGGUGAGAUACGGUGGAGAUGAGGUGUCGAGCGCUGGCCUUUUCGAACCUGCGAAGGUUGUUGAGUAUAUGAAGCGUUUAGCUUGCUUUCCGAGGUAUGAUGAGAGUGAUGAGCUGGUGUUUGUGAGUAACCGAGCUCGGUUAUUUGCGUUUCAGCAGUGGAGAAGCUGUAUUAACUUUCCUAUGUAUGAAACGUUUCUUAAGGAUGUGUCUGAUGCAAAGAGAGAAGAGAAGACUUUGUCAGAUUGUAUUGCAGACAAACGCGUUGGGAAGAAGCGUAAGGUUGAGUCUUUGGAAUCAGGUAAGCCUGAGAAAAAGAUCAAGAAGAUGACUCAUACACUAAGCCUAAAGAGAACACCUCAACCACUCAACUUGGAGCACUCAAAUUAUGAAGAUUUUGAGAAGUUUAUAGAGGAAACGUGUUGCAGUAACCUCAACCAAGACUCGGAGAAGGCGAGUAUUCCUAGUGAUGUGAAAGAAUCUUCAGAGCAGCCUGAGUCAGGCUCCAAAGAGCAAACCGGUGUCAAAGACUGUUCAGGAGAUUCAUCAGCAGCACCCAAUGCAUUGAUCCUCAAGUUUGCUAGUUCAGGUUCCGUUCCAUCCGAAGAGAAGCUGAACAGCAUAUUCAACCGUUACGGUCCCCUCAGAGAAUCAGAGACUCGAGUCAUGAAGAAAGGAAAGAAAGCUCGAGUGGUGUUCAGAAGAGGCGAAGACGCAGAGACUGCCUUCAGCAGCUCAGGGAAGUACAGCAUCUUUGGACCUUCUCUUCUGAGUUACAGCCUCAAGUACGUUGGCCCCAAAGCUAAAGAGAGCAAUAUGAUAUAAUAACCCAGUGAAACACAUUGUAGGCAACAACUGUUUAGCGUCAAAGUUUAGUGGUUUAUUAAGUUUAGGACAAAGCUAACUUUUUUGUAAUGAAACGAGAAACUUGAUAAACUAAACGGUCAAUCUUAA